AUGAUUCAGGGCAAAGACCACCUGAUGUUGUCCGGGAAGCUCAGCAUCCAUGGAUUUAGUACAUCCUUCAAUGCAACAUUCGGAUUGUUAACGGGGCAAAACAGAUAUAGUGUAAGGUUUUUUUUUUUAAAUUAACUACCUGUAAAUUUAGAUAGGGAACAUUUAGAUUUGUGAUUUUAUUUCAGAAAAUCAAACUUUUUUUUAAGAACUUGGAUAAUUAUUAAUUUUAUAAAAUGUUGGAACACUUUUCGACACCGUUCGAUAAUUCUGUUUAUCUCUGACCUAAUGGCUUGUUUUGAAUGAACACACUUGUAGAACUCUCAUAUAAUAUAAUUAAAAGCGGCGGAACUGUUCAAAUAAACAGCAUUGUGGAAUAUUGUCAAAAUGUUUUAAAAAUUGAAAGUUUAGUUUAGUUCUAAAUGAGAAGGAAAUCUGGAUUCCUGGAUAGAGCAUCGCGUUACAUCGGGACCUGAAAUUGCAUAUUGGAAACACGCGUUGGAAGCCUGGAAGUGACGUCACGUACAUUCAUACAAACUGCACUUUGCCCAUGUCUCGGAUGUAAUAUAUUCCCUAAAGAGUUUUUUUUUUAACCUAGAAAUUAGUUUGAUAGACACUGUCAUGGUUUCUUUUAAUCAAUAUAUUCAACUCUCAUGAGCUGAUGUCUUUGAUGUUAUUUUUUUUAAUUUUCUCAGAGAAUAGCUACACAAAUAGAGAGCUCAAAUUGCACGGAACUUUCUGAAGUGAAAAUGGACACUUGCGUCUGCACAUAUCUGGGCAUUAAUGAACUACAUUUUAGGUGCAACGUGACGGCCUCCUGCAAAAUGGCAGGACAACUGUAUGUUUAUAUGAACUUCAACAACAUAUAUUAUUACACCCAAUUAAUUGCGAUCCUCAAAACACACG